GCAUCGAGAAUAAUCAUCAGUCUUAAUAAGGAUUGAUUGUGUACUACCCAUCGUCGUCCCGGUUUGAUAUUAAUCGGAAAGAGCUUCUUAACCGUCGCAUUGGGGAGGUGAAAAGUUGGAUGAGCGUCCCUUUUAAGGGGGCACCGCUGGAAGAACCUUCAUGGGCUCCUAAUGACAUGCAGGUGGAUGAUUUACUUAUGAUCAUUAAGGUCAACAUGGAUUUGUGGUUCUUUCUCCUUUUGCUUGGAAGUGGCCUGAUAAGCGUAGGUGCUGACAACAUCACGACAGAGCCACCCACAACAGUGCCCACCUCCCCCAGGAGCCCCACCAAAGCUCCUACAGCCAGUCCUGAGGAUGGGACACCAACAAGUGCAAACAGCCUCAACAUUAGCACUCCAGUGACUGUUUCUACCUUGGCAUCAAAGCCACCUACAACCACAGCCACCAGGGUCUCCCCCAACACCACCAUUGUCAGCCUCAACACCUCCACCCUGGGGACAACCCUUUCUGUGCCUCCAGCCACCUCCCUGCUACCCAGCGUGGCACCAUCUGGUCCACGUACCUCUCUCCCCACCACAGAAGCGGAGACGACAGAGAGGAAUUUCAGUGCAACGGUGACAACACAAGAGACCUCUUCUGCUUCCCACAACGGUAACUCAGACAGAAGAGAUGAGACUCCAAUUAUAGCUGUGAUGGUGGCCCUGUCUUCCCUUCUAGUCAUAGUAUUUAUUAUUAUUGUGCUGUACAUGCUAAGGUUCAAGAAAUACAAGCAAGCAGGGAGUCACUCCAACUCCUUUCGAUUGUCCAACGGCCGGACGGAUGAUACAGAGCCUCAGAGCAUGCCGCUGCUUGCCCGCUCCCCCAGCACCAACCGUAAAUACCCGCCUCUGCCCGUUGACAAGCUGGAAGAGGAGAUCAACCGCCGGAUGGCAGAUGACAACAAGCUCUUUCGGGAAGAGUUCAACGCUCUCCCAGCGUGUCCCAUACAGGCCACGUGUGAAGCUGCUUCCAAGGAGGAGAACAAGGAGAAGAACAGAUACGUGAACAUUUUGCCCUAUGAUCAUUCCCGGGUUCACCUGACCCCUGUCGAGGGGGUUCCUGACUCUGACUACAUCAACGCCUCCUUCAUUAAUGGGUACCAAGAGAAAAACAAGUUCAUUGCUGCACAAGGACCAAAGGAAGAAACCGUGAACGAUUUUUGGAGGAUGAUUUGGGAGCAAAACACAGCAACAAUUGUCAUGGUGACCAACCUGAAAGAGAGGAAAGAGUGUAAGUGUGCUCAGUACUGGCCGGAUCAGGGCUGCUGGACGUACGGGAACAUCCGAGUGUCUGUGGAGGAUGUGACCGUCCUGGUGGAUUACACCGUGCGGAAGUUCUGCAUCCAGCAGGUCGGCGACGUCACGAACAAGAAGCCUCAGCGCCUGGUGACUCAGUUCCACUUCACCAGCUGGCCUGAUUUUGGGGUCCCCUUCACCCCCAUUGGGAUGCUGAAGUUCUUGAAGAAGGUGAAGACGUGUAACCCGCAAUACGCAGGGGCAAUAGUAGUUCACUGCAGCGCUGGGGUGGGACGCACAGGCACUUUUAUUGUCAUCGAUGCCAUGCUGGACAUGAUGCACGCCGAGAGGAAGGUGGAUGUUUACGGCUUCGUGAGCCGGAUCCGGGCUCAGCGCUGCCAGAUGGUACAGACAGAUGUACGUGUGGUGCUGCUGUUUAUUUUGGGCUUUGCUCGCUGGAGUCAGGUUUCCUUCAUGCAAUCUCUGUCCUCUCACCUAGGGCUUGGUGACUUCCCAGCUAAAGGCCGUGUUAUCAAGGAGUCACGUUUUGAAGGUGUUCCCCAAAACUCAGAUCAUUUCACUUCCAUUUCAGAUGAGUUCAACCGAGUAAUCAUUCCAGUGAAGAGAGGUGAAGAGAACACAGACUACGUAAACGCUUCCUUCAUUGAUGGUUAUCGCCAGAAGGAUUCCUACAUCGCCAGCCAAGGGCCGCUGCAGCACACGAUAGAGGAUUUCUGGAGGAUGAUCUGGGAGUGGAAAUCCUGCUCCAUAGUGAUGCUAACGGAGCUGGAGGAGAGAGGCCAGGAGAAGUGUGCCCAGUACUGGCCGUCUGACGGCUCCGUGUCCUAUGGAGACAUCACUGUGGAGCUGAAGAAAGAGGAAGAGUGUGAGAGCUACACGGUGCGGGACCUGCUGGUAACGAACACCCGGGAAAACAAGAGCCGACAGAUUCGGCAGUUUCAUUUCCACGGAUGGCCAGAAGUUGGGAUCCCCGGGGAUGGGAAGGGAAUGAUCAACAUCAUCGCGGCUGUGCAGAAGCAGCAGCAGCAGUCUGGCAACCACCCAAUCACUGUGCACUGCAGUGCCGGAGCAGGAAGAACAGGCACCUUCUGUGCGCUGAGCACUGUCCUGGAAAGGGUGAAGGCAGAAGGGAUUCUCGACGUCUUUCAGACGGUGAAGAGUUUAAGACUACAGAGGCCGCAUAUGGUGCAGACACUGGAACAGUACGAAUUCUGCUACAAGGUGGUGCAGGAAUAUAUCGACGCCUUCUCAGACUACGCCAACUUCAAGUGAAGAAAAAAAAAAAA